AUGCCGAGCCACUUGGCGGUGCUUGGCCCCGUUGCGCCCUGUCGCAUUGGCGAGAAUGUGGUGGUGGUUGGCUUUCACCGCAACAGCGUGCCCAUUGUCCGUGGCGGGCGCCUGAAGACGAGCAUGCGCCUCAAGGUGCUGUCCUCCGCCACGGAGCUGGAUGUCGUCGGCAACAACGCGUCGACACAGCUGCUGUCGCGCCUCGAUGCACGCGGCUCUGACGGUGGCAGGGGCUUGCUGUCCCUGCUUGGCUUCCACCUCGCCUCCUCCCUCAUCAAGGCGCAGUCGACAUCAUACUUCCGCUCCGCCCACACCCACGACAACCUCCUCACCUUCCUCCUGGGCCACUUCCAGCUCGCACACAUGAGCACCAGCAUACGCAGCACCACCACCACCACCACCACGAUUACGCCUGCGUCGCCCAACGCACCCCCACCACCGCCACCAUCAUCUUCAUCAUCAAACAGUGACGACAGCAGCAGCAGCAGCAGUGGUCGGCGCCGACGCCUUGUGCUGGACGAGGACAAGUGGGCCUACACAGCGCUGUAUGUGGAGGUGCGCGUGUACGAUACACUCGACGGGCAGGCGCAGGGCGGCCUGUCCGCCAACGUCACGCUGGCACAGGGCACCGGUGGUAUUGUUGAGCACGACAUGCACGCCACCCUCGGCGCCGCGCUGUCGUUCCGCGGGAAGCUGCAGGCGAGCGUGGCCGGCGCUGUCGACUUCAACGACAACGACAAGACGAUGAGCAUUGCAGGCGAGGUGGAGACGCCCCAGUACCCGGCGGCGUGGGUCGCGGUGGACACGUGGUGGACGUGGUGGGAGGACGGUGACGCGCUGCACAUCAACACCACGCACACGACCACAUUUAUGGAGAGCGGUGACCAGGCGAGCGGGCUGCUGCGCAUCCAGGCUGACAAGGCAAGCAACGAGCUGAUUGUGCACCACACGAUGACGAGUGACCGCGGGUUUGACACGACGAUGCAGGUGCUGCGCGCCAACGCAUCUACCCGCGACACGCGCGACUACCACAUCCUGGAGGUGACGGUGAGCGAGGCCGCGGUGGCGGUGGACGAGGAGAGCAAGCUUGCGCUGGACGAGUGGCGUGGCAUGUUGCUGCAGGUGGCACGCGCCAACAGCAGCAGCGGCGCGCACGCCAUCCUCAUGACCAUCGACGCCGACCUGUCUGGCGUGGCGCUGGGCGGACCAACCACGUUCACCACGCAGCUGUGGUCGGACGACGGCAGCACCAUCGUCAUGGACGCGGAGCUGAGCGGCGGCACCAACGCCCUCCUCACGUGGCACUCCAACGUCACCACCAGCGACACGCCCCAGUAUGACGUCAUCGACUUUGACGUGACGCAGCUCGGCCUGUACGCGGACGGCGACCCCAUCGUGGCCGUGGACACGUGGCACCGUUUCCGUGUGAUGACGGUCAAGGGCGGCGUGUUUGACGUGGGCACGCGCGAGCUGGUGGUGUCUGUGCUGGUUGACUUUGAGGGCAGCGCACUGCCGCAGGACGCCGCCACGCUCAUCGCUGAUGUCAGCGGCAACGGUGAAGUGAUUGACAUUGACGUUGCUGCCGUGGGCGACAACACGCUCAACAUGACGUGGCACUCCAACGCCACGGCGGCGGAGGACGCAGACUACGACAUUUUCCUCUUUGAGCUCCCGCGUGCCGGUCUGUACUGGAACGACGAUGCCUUCUUUGCGGUCGACACCUGGCACCAGUUUGUCAUCAAGAGCCUCAAGUCGGGUGGUGGUGGUGCUGGUGACGACCUGAACGACUUUGAGGCGUGGGUGCUGUUUGACAUGGAGGUUGGCGAUGAGGUCGCUGCGAUCAGCUUUGGUGCGUGGUACAACGACGGCGUGGUGUCGCUCAACACGUCGUGGGCAGGCACGGACGCGCUGCUGUUUGCACUGCACGUCAACGCCACCAGCACAGAAGAUGCAGACUACGACAUCUUCCUCCUGGACAUGCCGCGUGCCGGCUUCUACUGGAACGACGACGCCGUGUUUGCCGUCGACACCUGGCAUCAGUUUGUCAUCAAGAGCCUCAAGUCGGGUGGUGGUGCUGGUGACGACCUGAACGACUUUGAGGCGUGGGUGCUGUUUGACAUGGAGGUUGGCGAUGAGGUCGCUGCGAUCAGCUUUGGUGCGUGGUACAACGACGGCGUGGUGUCGCUCAACACGUCGUGGGCAGGCACGGACGCGCUGCUGUUUGCACUGCACGUCAACGCCACCAGCACAGAAGAUGCAGACUACGACAUCUUCCUCCUGGAGCUCCCGCGUGCCGGCUUCUACUGGAACGACGACGCCGUGUUUGCCGUCGACACCUGGCAUCAGUUUGUCAUCAAGUCUGUCAAAGUUGACACUGACGACCUCAACGACUUUGAGGCGUGGGUGCUGUUUGACAUGGAGAUUGGCGAUGAGGUUGGCACAAUCACCUUCGAGGAAUGGUACAACAACGACGUCCUCUCUUUCAACCUCUCAUGGGCCGGUGUGGACACACUGCUGUUGACCGUGCACGCCAACGCCACCAGCACAGAAGAUGCAGACUACGACAUCUUCCUCCUGGACAUGCCGCGUGCCGGCUUCUACUGGAACGAUGAUGCCUUCUUUGCGGUGACAGACUGGAGCGAGGGCACGAUCAAGACCCUCAAAGCCGGCAGCAGUGCUGCGCUGAACGACUUUGAGGCGUGGGUGCUGUUUGACAUGGAGGUUGGCGAUGAGGUUGGCACUUUUGCAUUUGAGGAAUGGUACAACGGCGGUGUUCUGUCGUUCAACUCAUCGUGGGCUGGCACGGACACAGUGCUGUGCACCGUACACGCCAACGCCACCAGCACGGAGAACGCAGACUACGACAUCUAUCUCCUCGACAUGCCACGUGCCGGCGUCUACCGCAACGGCGAUGCCGUGUUUGCUGUCAAGGACUGGGACCACUUUGAGGUGUGGUCGGUGAAGAGCGGAGGCACACCCUCGCCCAACGACGUGGUUGCGUCGUUCCUGGUCACGCUGGAGGGCGACCUGGUGCCCAAGGGCGAGAUGAGCGAGGAUUUCCACAUGGCAUCGCGCGACAACAGCUUCAACAUGACGUCCACUGUUGGGUUCCCCGCAUCCUCGGUCACCCUCGUUGUGAUGCGACAGGAGGUGGACAGCCACAACUACGUCACCUUUGAUGUCACCCGUCACCUGCACGGGAUUGCUGUGCCGGAGGCGUUGGAGGACUGGCACGCGGACCUGGCCCUGAACCUGUACGACGAUGGCCUGGGCAACUGCCACUUUGCCAACGUGACCGAUUUCGUGUUCACGCAUGACCUCACGCGCGUAUUUGUUGUGCACCCGCACUCGCUGCUGCACCUCUGCGAUGACACGCGCACGCUCGGGAUUGACCUGCUGUUUGGCGUGACCACGCUUGGUGGCGCAGGUGGUGACGCCGGUGCUGUGGCCAUGGUGCUGGACGCAGACUUUGAUGACGCAGACAGCAGUGGUGGCGGUGGUGGUGGCGAUGACUUGCGUGCAAGCAUUUCGCUUGGCCACUCGAUGGUGCGACGCCCGGAGGAGGGGCCCGUGCAGGCGUGCGGUGUCCUGACGGGCGAUGGGGAUGGCGUGGAUGCAACGGUGGAGGUGUGCGAGUAUGUGACAGACUCGUCCGAGGCUGAGGUCGCGGACGGCAGCGCGCGUCUGUUCUUCCAGGAGACGAUGGGCAUCGAGAGCACGGGCAUGAACAUGACGUGGUCGCUCUCGGGCCUCCUGUUUGCCACCUCGGCUGGCUCAACCUUGCCAACCAAGAAGCUGCGUGCGGUGAAGCUCAAGUUUGUGUUCCUGAAGGAUUUCAGCGAGUGGACGACGGAGGCCGAGAACGGCACGGACAGCGACGAGUACAAGGCGCGCUACGAUCUCUGGCAGGACCUCCUCAACAAGGGGCUGCUCGACCUGCUGUUGUCGCAAGUGAUCAGCGAGGGCGCGCAGGAAGGCAGUGUCGUGUGGAAUGCGCGCGUUGAGGAUCGUGAGAAGGAGGACGUGGACGUCAUCAAGACAUCCGUCAUGAAGCAAGGCGUCACAUUCGCCUCUCUCGGCCAAGGAACCGUCCAAGGCGACGUUGUGGAUGACGACGGCAGCGACGACACUGGUGUGAUUGUUGGAGCGGUGCUCGGCACGAUUGCCGGCGUUGCGCUGAUUGCGCUCAUCUUUGUCCUCUACAACCGACGCGGGCAGCGCGAAGAGGAAGAGGCCGCCGAGAAGAAGCACGAAGAGGAGCUGAAGCAGCAGCACCAUCACGAGCAGCAACACCACCACCGCCCGCACGAGCGCCGACACAACGUGUACGAGGCGCCCGCUGCUGUUACGGGCGACAAGACAGACAAGAGCAGGCAGCGGCCAGGGGAAUACCACCUCGAACACCACCACCGGGCAGUGGAGGUGGAGGUGUGA